UUGACGAUUUGAGCGCUCAUUGCGGUGACUUCGUAAGCUCAUGACAAAAUGUACUCCUUUUUUGAGUGCAUUUUAUUUUCGUGAAAUUUGUGAAAAACUACCCCGAAAAAGUGCUUUUCCCCGCAUAUUGAGAAGCUAGCUCAGGACGUUGAGACGCAACUGAUGCCAUGGAUGAGGAUGAAGCGUACCAGAUUGAGUGGAUUCAGGGUAGUGGAGAUGAGGGGGAGUGCCUGGAGGAGAAUGAUAUAAUUCAGGAAGUGCACGAGGAUGAUGGUGUGGACAUUGAUCCAAGCACCAUAAAUGAGGAUGAUAUCAUUGAAGAAGUUGACGAUGAGGAGUACCUGGCGGCAAUGUCGGAUCACCUGGGGCACACCUCAACGGCAAAUCUCGUGUACAUGACGCAAGAUGGGCAGAAUAUGGGCGAUAUCAUUGAGGAGCAUGUUCAGGAGACGGAGAUUGAGGAGUACACGGAACAGCAGCACUUUGACGGGCAGGUGUGCGAGGAAGUGGUUAUCGAUGAGAGUGGCGUGCCUGAGGGAAAGAUGGAGAUACUAAUUGACAGCAAUGGGGCUGUUGUGCAGGAAGUGCAGGAGGAUGAGGAAGUUGUUCCACUACCACCCCAGGAUGAGUACACAUCAUCGCGUCCGUAUCCGUGUGACUUCUGCAGUCGUCGCUUCCGGAAGAAGGCCAAUCUAAUGAACCACAUGGUGGCGCAUCAGACAGAUCGACCCCAUGUGUGUAAUCUCUGCGGUGCCCGGUACAUUAGGCGCUGUGAUCUACACAAUCACUUCAAGAUUCACGCGUAUGCGCCCACAGAUCAUGAUCUCGGUGGUACGGAAUACAUAACUGGGCAGAAUGAGGAGGAAGAGGAGGAGGAUGAUGAAGAUAUUUCGAUAAAGAAGUCCUUUAUAAACUACGGCGUAUCACCGAGUCCACGGAAGAAGGCACAGCAGCAGAUUACACCACGAAAGAGAACAACACUCAAGAUGACAAAUAGUGUUCGUGAGAUACCCAAAUUUGACUAUAUAAAUGAAGAUAUGAAGCUCCUUAGUGAUUCGUCACAGCAACAGCAGCAUGGAGAGAUCUAUCCAAUGGUGGAGCAAUACCCGGUGACCGAUCCAAAGAAGCCCUUUGUCUGUCAACACUGUGGUGUGUCAUUUGCACGUGAAAAGGCUCUUGCGUCGCACGCAAGGAUGCACGGUGGGGAUUCACCGUUUGAAUGUGAGACAUGCGGUGAAAUGUUCUGGGAUGCAACGCGCCUGCGUGAUCAUCAGCUCUUACAUCGCAUGGAUCCGAAGAGCACUGCUGACUUUGAUAGUUCCCUCAUGGAUGAGGAGACGGAAACAGAUUCGGGGGAGGGUGAUGAGAAAUAUGGGAAUUUUUACUGCGAAGUCUGCGGGAUGUGCUUCCAUCGUCAGGCUCUACUGAAGCGUCAUUCGCGUUCGCAUGCAAAGAAGGAGAUAGUUGAGACCGAUAUCUCCCGGCAUUGUUGCAAUGUGUGCGGUGAAACAUUCGCCGAGGCUCUUGAUCUCCUUGCACACGCCGAAGUACAUGCACGCUUCCAGCCAUACAAGUGCAUGCUGUGCGGUGAGACAUUCCUCGAUGAGCCAACAAUCAAGGAGCACAUCGAUACGACACAUGCGGACGAGCUCACGACACAUUCGUGCCGACUGUGCGGAAAGGUGUGCCGUGACAGCAAAUCCCUCAUGAAGCAUGCUUGGGAUCACUCCAGGGAGAAGAAGCAUUCCUGCUCCAAGUGUGCCAAGACAUUUCACAAUAAGGCGCGUCUCAAGCGCCACAUGAUGUCACAUCGGGAUAAGUGUGUCACGUGUGAUGUGUGCGGGGAUCGUUUUCCCGAUGGACGAAGCCUCAUGAAUCACCGGCAUUCGCAUACAAAUGUCUCCGGGAGGCAAUUUCCCUGCCGAGAGUGUGGCAAAACAUUCGGAUCGCGUAGUUCGCAGCAGAUACAUAUUCGUAUCCACACAGGAGAGCGUCCCUAUGGGUGCAAAUACUGCUGGAAGGCAUUCGCCGAUGGUGGUACACUGCGGAAGCACGAACGUAUCCACACGGGUGAGAAGCCAUACGCAUGUUCCGUGUGCCCGCGUGCCUUCAAUCAACGCGUUGUUCUGCGAGAACACAUUAGAUCACAUCACUCAGGUGCUGAUUCACAGCGUGGCACCUCCGUAACACCGUACUACUGCGAAGUCUGCUCUGAGAUGUUUGCCCUACCUACGGAGCUGAUACAGCAUCUCAUUCAGCACAGCGAUAUGAAUACAUUGGCUAAGAGACAACCUCCUAGUGGCCCAAGGAAAUAUCAACGACGUCGCAAGCUGAAACCGCACGAAUUGGAACGUCUACGUACGCAACGUAGCAAAAAUUCCUCAGAUUUAUCAGAUGAGGAUCCCUCGCAAUCGGAUGCCCAGGAACGCUAUCAAGCAUCACCAGUUGUGCAGACUGGCCGUCAGGGUGGUGGAGCACGUGGAAGUAACACACGUCGUGGGCAGAAUACAUUCAACAUUGAUGGGUUGGAUGAUCAGAAUUUACUGCGAGCCUCAACGGACUUUGAGACGUCCGUGGCGAAGUUUGAUUUAAACAAGGGGGCAGCGUCACGCAAGAAGAAUGCUGUAGCAUUGUCACUGUCAUCAGCCAUGGUGGCAUUGCCACCGCAGUCGCGUCCUAAAAUGAUUCGAACGCAAAAGACACGCGUUGCCGUGGAGGAUGGAAAGAGACGGACAAAGACAUUGAUUACACGUACAGCACCAACAGACGUAGCUGGAACUAGUGGACCAACUGCCCGUGGGCAGAAGACCUUAAGGGCAAGGAUAAAGAAUGUGAGCUAUCACUACACAGAUAGAAUUAUGAGUCCGGCUACAUUCUCCGAUGUACCAGAUCAGAUUGCACAGGAAGUUAGUGUGAAGCAAGAGCCGAUGGAGAUGACAGCAACAGCCACGGUGCUGGAGCACGAUGGUAGUGGUCUGUCGAAGAAGACGUACAACAAGUACAGUAUGGACAUUGUUAAUGAUUUAGAGGCCAUCCUACGGUCACCCAUUAAGCAAUCACCUUCACCGAAGAGGGAUCUCAAUCAGUCACUACUGAGUGAACAGAAUGCAAAGGGUAGCAGUAGUGGUAGUGUUGGUGGAAGUAGCAAGAGCAGAAGACGGAUUACAACACCGGGUAAGAAGCGUCCGCAGCAACCUGAGACAAUUACAUCAAACAUUGGGCACCUCACGAAGCGUCAAUUGGCAAUUGCAGCCAAAAAAUCCGGCAAGGAGGUAGAAGAUAGCAAGGAAGACAUUCUCGGGGGCAUGGACAAGGAUAGUGAGAUCAUCACGGGUGACAUUGAUGAUAUUGGGGCCACAAAGAGCAAUGCUACUGAGUUUAAGUGUGAAAUGUGUUCAUCCAUGUUCCUCACACAGGAAGAUCUCUUUGCACACGUGGCAAUUCACAUUUAGGUGGCUCCUGGGUGGAGGCACGUGACGCGUCUUCCACAAGAGAAGGCUCAUCCCCCAAAAAAAAAUCAGUACCAUAUAAUUUGCCAUUCAACUUGUUUCCAUUUUCUCACUAGUAGGACAACUCUAUUUUAUAUAAAUUUAACGCAACACUGAGGAAAGUUAAAGAAAAAAAAUUAUAUUGUCUUUUCACGUAUCAUGUUUUAAACUUUAAAUAAUAUAAUCUAUCAUGCUAGAAAUGGUCAAUGUUAUAGUAAAACAAAAAAAUAAAUUGUAGCAUCCAUGAAAAAUAAA